UCCACCUUCCAUUCGUGGAUGGUCACCCAGCAAUUAAGACAUACAAAUGUUUACUAGUUCGAUAAUAGCUAAUUGAAACGCAUUUGAAUUUACUCCCAACUCACAGUAGUGACAAUUUUCAUGGCAAGAGUUUUGAAUAUUCCAAAUCAUUCGGAUUGAAUCACUCGAGUGAAACGCUUCGUCUCGUGAAUCGUUUUCACAACUGGUUGGAUCGUGAAACUAUAGUAAUCUGUUGGCUAUCCACUUUUUUGUGUUCAGCAAGUGAAAUUCGCAGAGCAUUAGUGUGAAAAUGCAAAUCGUAAAACUGAUUGCCUUUUUCGUUGCUGCGCUAAGUGGUUUCGUUUGUGCCGAGGAAACUAAAACAUUUCCCGGUGCCGAAGUAAUAAUUCCGGCAAUAAUAGGACAGGUUUUGCCUGCCAUUAUCGGUGGAAUCACAGGCGGUGGCGUUCCUGGCUUAGGAGGAGCCAACCGUCCUGGAUUGCCACCGUUUGCAUCAUCCCAUACCACCGCCCUGGGUACUUCUAUCGCUAAUCUGCCGAUUACUUUGAGUUUCACCAGCCAUAGUGGAUCGAUCUCGACUAACGCCAACACAAAUGCCGGAUCUCACGCAACGGCCGGACCAGGACCGAUGGUAGCGGCAGCAAGUGUCACCGGAACGAAUCCAGUUCAGCAAUUCUCCAAACGGUGGCAAAAAUUGUUCAACAAUCUUGGAUAAUUCCGACGGUUGGAAUUGUUCUUGAUUAGCCAAAGAUUAGCAGUAAACGAUAGUGAGUUAAAUGGAUUAAACAAAGUAUUAGAUAAAAUUAAAUCGAUAAAAUUGUCACGAAGACAUACUAUUUUCUUUUUACUCAGAGUGAGUGGAGUAAAUAAAAAUUGUUUCAAAAUUUGUCAAA